GAAGGAAGCAACAGAAAGUUUGCUCAAUAACAGAACCUCAGUAAAAUGAGCCUGAGUGGUAGAUCAAGGGCUUGCAAUGUUGGACAUCUAAAGCCCCAGCUGUCCAGCAAUGAAGUGGUAUCAGGCAGGACAAUACAGUCUGAUCUGCGCAAACAUUACUACAUGAUCAGUAUGUCAAUGUCCCCUGCAGUGGUGGAACAGAUUGCGUACUCCCUGUACAGCGCCCGGAUUCUCAACCAAUACGAACUUAAUGUCGUUAUUUCUAAGACUGAAAUGCUCUGCAAGGCAUCCGAGCUACUUUCUGCUGUCAUCCGGAAGGGGCAGAAAGCCUGUGGCAUCUUUCUCCAGGCUCUUAAAAUGUGUGACCCUCGUCUCAGUGAACAACUAGUCAGAGAACACGUUAAUUCUACUAGUAAAAUUCCAACAAGUUCAUUAAUGAGGCCACCUUCUUACACAGUACCGACCCCAGUGGUAUGCAAGGUCUGCAUCUGCAACUCAAGUCUGAACAACUGCACCUUUGGUUCGGGCAACAAUGUGUCCAUUAUGACAACCACGCCAUUAUCCAACUUCAAGAACUUUGAGGAGCCAGCCACGAAUAUAAGAAAUGUCAUUGAUACAACGUCCACGUCCUGCACGUCCAGCAUUUUCCAACAACACAGACACAAACAGCAUGGAAACCAUCCAAGCUGACAUCGAAAUCGUCAGAUCCUAAAUUAAGAAAUAUAACCAUUGGAGAAAGUAAUGUAUUCACAAUGGUGGAAGAAUCACCAAUGAAGAUGAUAAUGAGAAGGAACUGGGAGAAGAGUUGGAAGGAAAUGACUGCAAGGAGAAAGUAUACAAUGAACAGUCAGCAACGAUAUUGGUAGCCAAAAGUGCUGCACAAAAUUGAAUACAGUAAGAUGAAGUUCUGUGGGAGCACGAAAUAUUGGAAGCGGAGAGAGCCAGUGAAUGCCAACUGGUGGUUAUAACAGCAUAGAGAGCUCAGCAGGCUCCAGACUUGGGUUUUUUAAUCUUCACAGUUAAAUCUGACUAUAAAUUACUCUGUUAAAGCUGAUUUGCUAUUAUUCCUCAAAAUCCCAAUUU